UUUUUAUCUUCAGAGAGUAUAUCUCAACAGUUAGUGAAACAAAGUUGUGUUUUCAGAUACUUUGAUUCAAUCACGAUUGAAUGUGAUUAAAAAACGACAGCUUUUAAAUAGUGUUCAAAAAGAGAAAAGAUUCAACUAAAGAACAAGAUUUGAAAUACGGAACAAUCUUCUUAUUUUGCGUAUGCGCACUCUGUUUUAGUCAACACAAAUCCGAGAAAGUUGCGCUAUUAUGCGUACUGUGUAUGCGGUGGUACUGGCCAACAUGUAGCGGUGGUAGUCAUGCAGCUGUCAGUAAGUUGCAAAUGAGAGUGACGAGAUGUCAUUUGCUGAGCAUAUUAUUUGAAGAAGUUCACCGCGGAAUUUAACAAAAUUCCUGAAUUAACAUGGCACACUUGAAUAACGUGCUGAAAGCCGUGGAAACGUUAAACGCCCUGCGGGAAUUGGACGUUCCGUCAGAUUCUGGUGCAAGGAAGGAAAAGGUAUCGUGUUGCACGAUCAUUGUCGAGGGAGUAUGCUCGCCAACUGUCAAACAGAACGCCAAAUUCCCGCAUAUUCUCACCGCUUCUAUCGAAACACUGUUGGCUUUGUGUAACGACGAAGAAUCGGAUGUCAGAACAGUCGCGGAUGAAUCUCUCAAUAAAAUUAUACGGGCAAUGGUCGACAGUAAUAUCGUCAAGAUACAGAUAGAACUUUACAACGAAAUAAAGAGAAAUGGACCUGCACGUACGUUGAGAGCAGCUCUUUGGAGGUUUGGUUUGUUAAAUCACAUGAUACGCCCAACCAGGGGUAAAGCUUACGUAUCAAAUCUGAUACCAUGUAUAAUUAUAAUCGCACAUCGAUCUGAAGAUAUUGUAAUAGAAACACUGUCACAGUCAUUACCAUUGAUCUUCAAAGUUUUAGGACCAUUUAUGACAGAUAAUGAUGUCAAGAAAUUGUUACGAGCGUUCUUUGAAAAUAUCUCGUCUACUCAAGCUGCCUUUCGUAGAGCGGCAGCAAACAUGAUUCUGACAACGUGUAUAAAUUGUAGGAAGCCACAGUUUUUUUUAAAUUAUGUGUUAAAUUAUUUAUUAGAUAUAUUAACACCCGCGAAAAAUGCUGAGGAUCAUUCGUCUACCAUUAUAGGCGUGUUUGGAUGUUUAAGAGUAAUUUUACCAUAUAUAUGUAAACCACCAGAAUCCCAAGAUGUUGAGACACAGCAAAUCGAUAAUUUGUUACACAUCUAUGAAUUGUGUUUGCAUUACACAAAGUGGCAUUCCGAUCACAAUAUCGUAAAUGCAGCUUUAGAGACCUUGGCGCAACUGUUAAAAAUGCCUGCAAAGUCGUUGGUGUCUAUCUUGUUAUCUUCAGAGGGCAUAACUCAAAGUAGAAUAAUAUCAAAUCAAAAUACGUGUACUCUGUCACUGGGUCAGAUGAGUAUUUCCAGUGCGAGCACCGCUUAUGGUGGAAAUUCCGACUCCAUUUCGAAUUUGCACGAGCCCGGCGUCCUAGAGAUCGCUCCCAACAUAGACAAGUGGAUUGCAGAUGCGGAAACGACGUCGCCAGCCACGUGCAAUGUACAGAAUACACAGAAUGAAUGCGCGAAUGAUGUAAUAGAGAUGAAAGGGAAGAUACUGGAAAACUAUUGCGGUCUGAAAAUCGGAGCUCUCGAUAAUGAACUUGUGGAGGAGGGUAGCGAUGUCGGGAGCGAGGUGGAGAAAUCCGAAAGAGCGCCGUAUCCGAGCUUGCAAAGUGAACAGUCGAAGGAAGAUUAUUCUGAGGAGACCACCUUGUCGUUUGCUUCUCCCAAGAAGUCUUCCUUGGACUUCGUCUUGUACGAAGCGGACAUCGGAAGCUUCACGGACUCGGAUAUGCCCGUCAAGUUCUGCUGCCGUCAUUUGGUGUCAUCCUUCUUGCUGGCGGGCAAACCCGGGCAUCUAAUAUCGGACAAGUUAUUCCGUGUCAGUGUAAAGUCUCUCGCUCUAACGUGCGUAGGUUACAUCCUGAAACUUUACCCGCAUUUAUUUACAAUGACCGUGGCCAAAGAGUCAAGCUGCAACGAGAAGAAUCAAUUGAUCGAAGACAUACUGCUGUUUGCCGAUCAUCCAGAUCCUCAGAUUAGGGGCAACAUAGCCAUGGUGAUUGGAAUCUUUUUAAAGUCUGUAUUCGUUCAGUACGGCGGCUCUUAUCAGAAUUUUGAAAGGGAGUGUUCGAUUCAAAGGGAAAGUGGAAACAUAUUGUUGGAAAACCUGAUAAAAUUACUUUUAAAAAGUUUGGACGAUGAUUCCGCGACCACCUGCCGUCAAACAUUGGACGCUCUGAAUCUCUGCUUACCAGAAUUAUUCGAUUCCGUUGAAAACGAGCAUGGUCUUACGAUUUUAACCGUGUUGCCAAAACUCAUGAAGAGUCCGUACUUUCUGGUGAAAGUGAAAUUAGUCGAUUUAUUGAGUAAAUUGUCAUAUAUUACAAUAGAACAUGUAACAGGACAGUUGUUAUUUCAAGAACAUUUUAUUGAUGUUAUAAUAGCGUUAUUAGGUGAUCAAGAUCAAAGAGUGAGGCACGCCGCAUCUGAUGCUAUUGUUAAGAGUGUUCCGUGUUUAUAUUUUCGGCAUCCGCAAGAAGAUACCGUCACAAAGAAGGCCACUCAAUACACGCAACGAUUUUUAAAUGCUGUGACGUCAAGUAUCUCAGAAUUAUCGUCGUGCCAAGACAAGCAUAAGCCGUUCGUAAACACGUCCAUCAAGCCGUUUGUAUUCUUAAAUUAUUACAACGGGAUGAAUUACAGUUCCAGUGUAGAAAACUCCUUAUCCCGCAUAGUUAACAUCCUAACGGAGAUGCUGACGGUACAUUCGUCCAAGUAUGUGAUAUAUGGAUGCUGUGAAACCCUCUUCUGCUUAAGUGAGACCUAUCCCACUACGGUUUACGUGAGAGGAUGGGAUUGUAUUUUACCAAAGACUCUGUUAAAAAAAUCUAAAAGGAGCAAUGACCGAACGGAUGCGAGCGACAUUGGUUUCGUGAGUGAGAUGAUCUCUUCUCCGGUGGGCAGUGGUCUUCUUUCAGUGACGUUGCCUUUGUUAACAUCGUCGAGUAUUAGUUUAGAUCUGUCGACGCAUCGGCAUUUGAUUCUCCUCGCCGGCAAUCUGGCUUCCGGAUUGGCCAUCUGCAACUUCAAGUCUGGCAGCGAUCCGACAAAGCUGUGGAGUACGUGCAAGGACAGAUACAUGGAACUGCUGCUGACGCAUAUCAUGAGAGUUCUGAACAUCUUCGUGCACGUUAUCGACGAGGUUCAAUUGGCGCAGGCUAGUGGCAAGUCCGUGUUACCGUCAUUGUCGUCCACGCAAACGUUGUCGCCGAAGAAGAAACUUCUACCGGAACAGAAGUCGAAGGAAAGGGGGGAGAAAAUCGGGGGCUUGAGAAGCGGAAGGGAGCAAAUUGGUACAUUCGUCGCCAUGCCGCAUUACAUGAAGAUGCACGACAUCCUGAGAGCAGCGCAUUCGAAUUAUCUGGUCACUCUGGAGCAUGAGGCUAGCGAAAUGUACGUUUCUCUGCUGAACGCGACGCUGGACGUGCUCUCCCAGAUCCUCGAAAUCGCAUCGGUCAACGAAGCAGGUAGAAUAGCGGAAGAAGUGUUAUGUUACCUAAAAACUACCGUCAUACUAUCACCAACGGCAACGGUUCAAUGUGUGCAGCAACUGCUCAAGUGCUUGUUUGGUACGAACGUGUGCGCGCAGUGGACCGAGUUGGACGUGCAGAAGAAUAUGAUGGAUCGGUACGACACGCUGCAAGAUGAUGUCAGGGGAUUCUACAAUCAGUGCUUUCAGUAUCCCGCUAGGCAAAUGGCGAAUACAAUCAAGUACAUAGGGAACAAUUGCCGGGGUGAGAACGAGCCGGAUACCGGGUGGAUAGGAUUACUACGUAGAAAGGGUGAUCGCAAAUUCUCAUCGGUAUUCAAGACGCUGGCGCGAUCUUCCGAUCAGAAAACAUCCGUGGCAUCGUUCAUCCGGCUCUUUGAGCCGAUGGUUAUAAAAUCUUUGAAACAGUAUACUGUCACGAGUAACAUCGCGCUGCAAUGCCAAGUACUGAUGCUGCUAAGUCAGCUGGUCCAAUUAAAAGUCAAUUACUGUCUAUUGGAUUCCGAUAAGAUAUUUAUCGGAUUCGUGUUGAAACAGUUUGAGUAUAUUGAGGAGGGCCACAUACAACAGACUCAAGAUCUCCUGCCAAGGAUAUUCAACUUCUUAGUUCAUCUGUCUUACGAAAAGAAUCACUCCAAAGCGAUUAUAGGUAUACCAAAGAUAAUCCAACUGUGCGACGGUCUGAUGGCCAGCGGACAGCCAGCGAUCUCGCACUGUAUACCUGCGCUCGCGCCCGUCAUCGAGGACAUUUUUCUCAUUCGUAACGGCAGCUCCAGCGCUGUCGAACAACGAGAGUUGGAAACGACGAGGGACGUGCUGAUAGCUAUGUUGCUGCGUCUGGUCGAGUAUCAUCAGGUGGUCGAACUGUUGGCACUGUGUCUGGCGGAGUCUCGAUUCAGCGGAGACGGCAACGGAGAGGAGAAAUGGCGGAGAUGGUCGCGACUGACCAUGGACACUGUGUUGCCGGUACUUGCGGGUGGGAAACUCAAGAUAGAAUCCGAGAAGGCACAUGUCGCGCUGGUGAAAUUAUUCGCAGCCAUCUCGCCCACGGUCUUCCGGCCGGUAGAUCCUCUCCUCAAAAUACUAUUCACCGCAUCGAUAUCUACAACGGCUUCAACUUUAAAAUUGAAACGAUGGCUAGGCAUGAUCAACGUGGUGCUACUUUCAUUGAUCUCUUGCGCGAAGGAGGAGGCGAUGCUGGCACGUCUUUCGGAUCUCAGCGUCUGUGCGACCGAUGUGUCGCGUCUGUUUUCAACGCCUGCUGACACUUCUCCUCACGAAAGUAUGGAUCCGUUGAACGCUCUGGGUACACAGUCGCGCCAAAUGCCACCCGAGCAGAUACUAGCUAGAUUCAUAUUUAGAGUGAUCAACCUGAUAAGCUCGAAGGUGUUCAAUCUGCUUGGCCUGAUAAAUCACAAGUCCGCGGAUCCAUUCGUCGGUUUCUCUGAUUACACGGCGGACGAUAAUUAUUUGGUGCACCAGUUCGCAUUUUUCUUGCAAUUGUGCAUUCACAUGUUUGAAUCCGGCAGUCACUGCAAGGUAGCAAAUGCGACCAUGCAGAUGAUCCAAGGACGUGAUGUGCCCAAUGAUGAAAGCCUGCUGAUUGACGACUUAAACUAUCUAAUGCUCAGCAUCGGAAACGUAUGCCCGACGGUGACGUGCCAGUGGGCUUACCUGAUGAUCCUGUUGGGAUACAAUGAGAUGUCUUUCUGGUCUAAAGUGCUGGGCAGUAAAUCUGAUUACGUCACGCAUGUUCGGCCGAGCGAGAAAGAAAUAUGCGAUCACGCGAGCAGCAAUAUAAAUAUCCAGAUUAUCAGGAGAGGAGGAAUUAUCUUGUUCUGCGACUAUAUAUGUGAGAAUCUCAACGACGUGGAACCAUUGACGUGGCUGUUGGUAAAUCACAUAGAAGAAGCUGUGAAUAUUGCCACCGAGUCUCCGGUCAGAGAUCUGUUGACCACGGCCAUACACAGGAACCCAGCGGCCAGUGGACUACUGGUGCAGGCGAUAGCGACGAAGUGUACAGAUCUGUCUCAACCCAGCUUCAUUAAACGAUUACUGCAAUGUAUCGAAGGUGCUCAUCAUUCGCAAAGCGGCGCGGUAAUAAUGACCCUGAUACCGCGACUUUUGUCCACCAAGUAUCUUGCUCUGUCUAGGAUGGCGGCAAAGAUUGCCAGUCGCAGGGUGGAAAUACUGUUGACCACUAACGCGGACGAUGUGAUUAGUCAAUUGUCGAAGGAUGACGUCGUAAAGAUCUUGACCGUUCUGCAGACCACCAAGCUGGCUAGGAAACACGGCAGCUUGGUUAGCUUGUUGAACAAACUGGCUGUGCAGUAUUAUGAUUUAUCGCCGCUCGAACUCGAUCAGUGCAGGCCAUUCAAUCCGUCUACCGUGAAGAGCGUUCAGCUGGAUCGGAAUUGGUUUCUGUCGCAAGUGAGAUUACGAUGCUGCCACUCCAGCGCUGGCAACAAUCCUAUGGAAUUGGCGCAGUUGUUGAAGGAUUUAGAUUUUGACGACUGCGUGAGCAUCCUCUCCUGUAAGGAGUUUAAUCUAAAGAUCUUGAAGCACUGUGUAAUAUUGGGCGCGAGACUCAGCAUCGAGAGGUGCCAGCAGCUGGAAUUCGGAAGCGCGCAGAACGAGAAGGAUUUUCAUUUUGAUGCAAGCCCCUUAUACGUCGCUGCUAAACAGUGCUUGCUGGAACACAUUCAUUAUAUCUGUGAGCUGAUACCAAAGCCACAUCAGAUUUACAAUCCGGAGGCCAACAACAGUAGCGGCAAGGAGCUAAAGUAUGCUACUAGGCUUGCCGAGUUGCUGAGCGAUUCUCUUUAUUGGGAAAUUCUCUUCACGAUCAUCCCGAUUGUAAAAAUUUACAUGAGGACAUUACCGAAACUGGCCAAGUAUAAUGUAGCAAAGAUCGACGUGAAAUUCGAGGAGGAUAUCGCCAAGUUUUCCAUGUUAUGCCUCGAAUUGGCACAUUGGAUGAUGUAUUCCGACCAAAAGAAGAUUCAUAAAUUAAGGCCGCACGACAUGGAUCUUGCGCUAAGCUGCGCGGCUGAAAUUCUGAGACACGCAGCUCCGAGUAAAAUUUUCGGCGAUAGUGCGCGCCAUACGUGGGUUUGCUCCGCGGCAAUUUGUUUGACCAAAGUCAUAGAGAGCGUGUUAACAACGAUGGACCCGUUGCCGAUUGUUGAUUCUCAAGCUUUAGAACCGGCUCUCCAAGACGACGAGACGAAGGAUUAUGCUCGCGCGUGUAUUCAAAUAGCGUCAAUAGUGGCUUGGCUUGAAAAGUGCCAGGUGGAGGGCUUUACGCGGAAUAUUCCAUCGUACUUAUUCAACACGAUAAAAUCGCUGGUCGUCAGCGUAAGUCGACAGCCGCUAGUUAACUCUUACGUUCUGACGCCACCGUUAGUAUGGAAACGUGGUUGUCACAUCGUCGGUUCAGGUCCCACGAAGUGUUACUUUCCACUGCCAUCAUCCGAAUCGAAUUUUCUGCAAGAGGUGGACAUUCUGGAACAGUUCAUCUAUCGGGUAAACUUACUGGGUUGGACGUCGAGAUCGCAAUUUGAAGAGAUCUGGAUGGCCUUUUUAAGCGUUCUCAACUUCUUGCAAAACGAGAAUAUGCCUUCGGACGAAGUGGUGGUCUUGAUUCAGGCGAGCAGCUUGGCGAUUCAGGCAAUCACGAGAUUGUUGUUACAAACUUUGCUGUUACCGUGCCCCGGCAAUCCCGGCGCCAGCACAUUGAUCCACCAUUCGAGAGAUCCUCAGCUCUCCGUUCACAAGAUCAGUUCCCAGAAAUUAUACGCGAUACAAGAGUUACUCCUGUGGAAGUACGAGUACAUGAACGACAUGGAGAACAGAAACGGCUUGAAAUUAGACCAUAUAUUUCAUCGCGGAAAUGUCGAGAGAACCGCGGUGUCCGACAAAUUUACGUACAGUCAACUGUCGGUCUCUUACCUGUGGUCAUUGUGCAAUUUAUACGAGGACAAGUUGAACGCAUCCGUUCUCGACCUGAAGAACCGACGGAACGACGCGUUGAUGUCCGCAUCGCUCGAUCUAGACUCAUGCCUGCGUUUUCUGAUUGAGCACUACACCAUCUGGAUGUCGCCGCAGGCUAACACACCCGUGCAGCUAUUGACGGAAAUCGUUAAGUCUAUCUUGGCAAUCUCGGAACUCUUCCUCGAGAGAUCGCAAUAUCAGUGGAUGCUGGAUGUGUGUCUGGAGAUUUCGAGGAUUCAUCCAACGGAGAAUGCGAUUCUACAUCAAUACCUGGCUGUCUCCGUGUGCAAAGCCGCCGCUGUUUUAACGCCAUUGGACUUGGAUACUUUGGAUAAGGUGAAGCGUAUAGUGGAUGUCAACUUGAAGUCGGGAUUUCUGGCUGCUCGAGUUUCCGCGCUUCAUGGCUCUCUGUAUUUACUGCAAAGCGCCGUGCUGGCCAAAUGUGAGGAAACGAUGAACGUCAUACAUCCCUUGGCGAUUGAAUAUAUACAAAAGCACAUCGAUUCGCAGGAUUCAAACAGCGUUCUAAAUCAAAGCGAGGAGCAUCAAGGAAUAAUGUGGGCUCUAGUGUUCUUCUUGCUGGAACACGCGGAAGACACACCGCCGGAUACGGAAGCGCCAGCUGUGUUAGAGUUAGUGCUUUCUCUAGUCACAUCACAGGGUAUCUCGUACGGUUUACAUCAGACCCUACUUCAGGGUCUUGAGAGGCUCGUAGCAACAAAAAGCGUGGUGGGAAAAGUCGCCGAGCAGAUCGUUAAAGUCGCGAUGGAUCGAUUGAAGCAGCCGAGCCCGUUACUGGCGCUACCGGCACUGCAGCUUUUGUUGACGUGCAUGUACACAGAGGCGGCCGAUCGGCUGAAUCAACCUAGCGGCGAGGAACCGCCACUACCGGACGUGGAGCCGGAAACGUUGGUUCGAUCCAUAGAGCGUAUCUCUGCGAUAUUCGACAAGAUCCGCAAAGGUCAUCCUAUGGAAGUGGAAGUGCUGUGUACGGUCCUAUCAGGUGUUCUCGGAGACUUCUUCCCGCCAUCAGAAAUCCUGAGUAAAGUUAUAGGGGAAUUCCUGUCUCCGCAACAACCGCAUCCGAGAUUACUCUCUGCCGUUGUCUUUAAAGUCUGUGAAAAAGCAUGUACCUGCACGGAAAUGGAGCUUUUGCAAGACUGGGUGGUCUUUAGUUUACCGAAUUUCAUUCAAAGUCUACCGAUGGCGAUGUCGACUUGGUGCUUAUCUUGCUUCUUUAUAAGCGCAUCGACAAAUAACUGGUUGAGAGCCUUGUUUCCAUAUGUGCAAUCGAGAAUAGGAAAGUACGAGUACGAAGACAAGAAAAUAUUGUGUAUAGCCGCUUCAGACUUUUAUCACAAGUUAUCUAAGGACUCUCAAAAGAAGGCGUUUGUUGAGACUUUCGAGAUGGCUGCGAAAGAACCUGAAACUCCAUUCAGCGACAUUUUAGCCUCCUUUUAAUUAACAUUGACCAUAACGAACAGAAUUUAGAAGAAUUUAGAAGAAUGAAUUCACAAAGAAUUAAAGUUGAACUGUAACAAAAAUCGAUGUACAAUCACUGAUGACGCGCUGUGUCGCGCGUGCAUGUAUAUUUGUAUGUAUGAUGAUAUUUAUUUUACAUUAUAUCCCGUCAAAGAGAGAAAUAUGCAACUUGUUUUACAAUAAACAGUAUUUUUCUUAAAAUCAA